CAACAUCUAGAGGAAAGCCUUCCCAGAAGAGUGGAGGCUGUUAUAGCAGCAAUGUUACAACAUCUAGAGGAAAGCCUUCCCAGAAGAGUGGAGGCUGUUAUAGCAGCAAAGGGGGGACCAACUCCUUAUUGAUGCCCGUGAUUUUGGAAUGAGAUGUUCGACGAGCAGGUAUCCACAUACUUUUGGUCAUGUAGUGUUACUGCCCUGUGCUUCUCUCCCAUGCGUAGGGUACAGCCUACUCUAUUUAAUUGAGACCACACGCACACUUGAUUGUGCAGGUAUGGCUACUGAACUGGAGGCAGGAAGAAUGAUGACAACGACACUUGCUACGUUAUGCAUAGUCCUAUAGGACAUAGCCUGCCUUUUAGAAGGACAAUUUGCAGGCAGAGACAAAUAACUGGGUAAUCAAGACUUAUUAAAAAGGCGUAACGCUCGCUCACCUUGGUAGCCUAACCUAUGUGUGUGUUGUGCCUUUUCCUUUUCAAUGAUGAUUACAUUUUUUGAUUCCACUUUGACUUGUUGGACCCUCCACUUCUUUCCAAUAUCAAUAUUUAUUUACAGACACUGUAGUAAACUACAGUAUAAUCAUGCACUCGGAAAUGUCAUUCCUCAAUUGGAGGUGUAAAACACAAAACGGGACAUAUUUGCUUUUGUUAUGGUCUUGUGAAGGCUGGCUGAAUUCUGACAAAGAGUGUGUUCUUUCAUCUCAGCAGGCCUACAGAUUCUCCCUUCGCCCUGCUUUUGUUUGCUUUAGAUGUUGAUAUUGGAGACUUAUCUGAAGAAAGUGCAUUUAUAGCGGAUAAGAAAUGUAUUGCCGUUAAUUGGAAAGUUGGUUACGUAUCACUAGCUUUGAUCUAGUACCAGAUUAAGGGUAUACUGGGCAUCUCUUUCUAAGACAGAGCGGGAUGCAGUUGAAUCAUUGUCCAAAAAUGAACAGAUUGUGGUUAAAAAAGCAGACAAAGGCGGUGCUACAGUGGUGUGGAGUAAAGACAAAUAUGUGACAGAAGCCUACCGUCAAUUAGACAAUGAUGAAUUCUACCAAUCUCUUACCUUCAACCCUACAGAUGACCUAAAAACUGAAUUGAAAGGGAUCCUCACAGAAGCUAAGGAGAAGGGCUACAUUUCAGACAAUGAGUUCAAAUGUCUUUUCAAUGGCAGUCCGUGUAUGGCUUCUUUUUACUUUCUUCCAAAGGUCCACAAACAUCUUGAAAAUCCCCCAGGCAGACCAGUCAUUAGUGGUAAUGAAAGUCUGACAGAACCCAUCUCUAAGUACAUUGAUUACUUUAUUAAGCCUGUUCUGACGUCACUCCCAGCCCAUCUUCAAGAUACCACAGAUGUGUUGAACAACAUUAAGGAAUUGAACAAUAUAGGUACAGCUUCCUUUUUAGUCCCCAUGGGUGUGGAGUCUCUAUACACCACCAUUGAGCAUGAACAAGGAUUGGCAGCUAUGCACCAUUUCUUGAGUACCCGACCUGAAACUGAGAUGCCUCCUACAGAAUUCAUUGUCUCACUGACUGAAUGGACUCUUAAUCAUAACAUCUUUAUCUUUCAGGACCGUAUUAAACAGGUCAAAGGGUGUGCCAUGGGAGCUAAAGCCCUUCCUUCCUAUGCUGGUUUGUACUUGGAUUGGAAUGUCCACAGUGCAAGGUGUUCUACAUUGGACGGACAAAGAGACGCCUUCAAGACCGCUUAGCGGAACACAAGUACGCUAUACGGAUGAUCUUUAUCAUGAAGUGGGAGGUGAGCUCGUGUUGACGCCGGACAAGUCCACAGUACCUGACCCCAUCACAAGCGUCCUAUGGAAGCAUGGGAAGAACAAGGUGGCAGAGUGGGACAAGGAUUUUGGUGGUCUGGACAUCUAUGGUGCCUUCAAAGAGCGUACAACCCUGGACCAGACUACUGGAGAGCUGAGAAUCAGUGGAUUGAAGAAAACAGACAGUGGAGUUUAUUCUGUGGAGUUCAACAGCAAACUGCUUGACCAGACAUAUACAUUAUCUGUUUUCAAGGCAGUCCCCAAACCCACCAUCACUUCUUCCUGUAACCCAGACAAAAUCUCCUGCAAUCUGACCUGUGAGGGCGACACCACUGAUGCUGAACCAGUCACCUACAGCUGGAAAGUGGGAGAGGGGGCGUGGGAGGACUUAGACAAACAGAUUAAUGUCAAUAAGAGCGACACUGGCAAAUCAACCAACAGUUACAAGUACAUCUGCAAGAUGAAGAACUCUGUUAGUGGGGAAGUCAGUGAGGUGUUUGGUUCAGAGGCAGUUCCCAAACCCACAAUCACUUAUACCUGCAACUCCAACAAAACCUCCUGCAUUCUAACCUGUGAAGGCGACACCACUGGUGCUGAACGAGUCACCUACAGCUGGAAAGUGGGGGAGGGGGCGUGGGAGGUCAUAGGAAAACAGCUGAUUGUCUCUAAGAGUGACACUGGCAAAUCAACCAACAGUUACAAGUACAUCUGCAAGCUGAAGAACUCUGCUGGAGAAGAGGAAGUCAGUGAUCCAGUUGAAGAGGUGUUUGGUCCAGAGCCUUCUGAAAUUGGUGGUGGGGUUGUUGUUGGUGUUGUCGUUACCAUUACCAUUGUAGCGCUUGUUGCCGUCAUAACAGUUUGGUUGCUGUGGAAGAAAAUUAAAGCAGCUGCAGCCAGCAGAUCCAACCAUCCUAAAUAUGAGUCAAAGCCUGAGGCUAAAGGCAGUGAAAGAGUCCAGACAGAACGAGAGAUUAUGGUUCCGCUGACGGUCAACCACAAAGCAGGGGAAGAGGACGCAGACAAGCCUGGAAAGGGGCAGGAGAAUGGAGGCGUGUAUGAAACUUAAGCGGAUAGUUUACCUGGCAGUUACAGUGAACUCCAACCAUAUUUGUCUUGAUGAUUUGAUUCCUGUAACUGACUCAUUCUUAAAUGCUAAACGUCAAUGGUCACAGAUCAUUGGCUACAGCUCAGCGUUCAACACAAUAGUGCCCACAAAGCUUAUCACUAAGUUAAGGACGCUGGGACUAAACACCUCCCUCUGCAACUGGACUUCCUGAUGGGCCGCCCCCCCAGGUGGUAAGAGUAGGCAACAACACAUCUGCCACGCUGAUCCUCAACACUGGGGCCCCUCAGGGAUGCGUACUUAGUCCCCUCCUGUACUCCCUGUUCACCCAUGACUGCGUGGCCAUGCAUGACUCCAACACCAUCAUUAAGUUUGCUGACGACACAACAGUAGUAGGCCUGAUCACAGACAAUGAUGAGACAGCCUAUAGGGAGGAGGUCAGAGACCUGGCAGUGUGGUGCCAGGAUAACAACCUCUUCCUCAAUGAGAGCAAGACCGGUUGCAUCACCGCCUGGUAUGGUAACUGCUUGGCAUCCGAUCGUAAGGCGCUACAGAGGGUAGUGCGUACGGCCCAGUACAUCACUGAGACCAAGCUUUCUGCCAUCCAGGACCUAUAUACUCGGCCGUGACAGAGGAAGGCCCAAAAAAUUGUCAGACUCCAGUCGCCCAAGUCACAGACUGUUCCGUCUGUUACCACACGUCAAGCGGUAUCGGAGUGCCAAGUCUAGGACCAAAAGGCUCCCUAACAGCUUCUACCACCAAACCAUAAGACUGCUGAACAAUUAAUCAAAUGGCCACCCAGACUAUUUACAUUGCCCCCGCCUUUGUUUUUACACUGCUGCUACUCGCUGUUUAUUUUCCAUGCAUAGUCACUUUACAAAUGACCUUGAGGGGGCGGAGCUAGCAUGUUGGAGUGAACAGCUGUGCGUGAGAGGCUCCUGCAACUUUUUUGUAUGUAUGUAUAUGUGUGUAUAUAUGUGUAUGUGUGUAUAUAUGUGUGUGUAUAUAUGUAUGUGUAUAUAUGUAUAUGUGUGUGUAUGUGUAUAUAUAUAUAUAUAUAUGUAUGUGUGUGUAUAUAUGUAUGUGUAUAUAUAUGUGUAUAUAUAUGUGUAUAUGUAUGUAUGUGUGAGUGUGUGUGUAUGUAUGUAUAUAUAUAUAUAUAUAUUUUAAAAAAAUUUUUUUUAUUAAACAUUUAUUUUUUAAUGGGGGGAACGUUUAAUUUAACAAAUCCUUGUUCCGAUCUCCUGACCCACAGUAUGUAAAGGUACGGCUGACUAUGUCGGUUGCAGAUGGUUUAUUUUUUGACCGGCAGUGCUUAGCAAUAUAAUCUUGAGGCUAUAUCUUGCUUAUCUCUGGGAUUGACCCAGGAUGACGCUUAAAUGCGCAAUAUGUUUAAGUUGCAACUUAUUCUGUUUAGGUUUUUAGAUGCUAACCGAACACUUAAUUCGCAGGAGCAUCCUCAGUUCAUAUGUUAGUAGAAGUUCUAGGAUAGUGAGAGGUGAACGUAUAGUUGGGAUUUUAUUUUUGUUUUACCUCUUGUUCGAGGUUGCGCUGUGCUUUUUUGGCAUCGGCCAGACAAUGUGUUUAUUAUUUUUCCUUUUUUUUCUCUCCUGUUUGUGCAUGCCUGUUAAAUGUGGGUUGA